AUGCUUAAAUAAACUCAAACCAUUCUAAAUCAAUCUAAAUAAAAAGUUCAAUUUCGAUAAGACCCUAAAUUCAUUGAUUCAAAAAUCAAGGUACAAUAGCAACUCAAAGAAAGGCAAUAAAACUUCAAUUAAAAGUAUAUUCAAUUAGAAGCUAUUAUGGCAUCAGUUAAUGAAACUGAUUUUGUUGAAUUCUAAUUGAUAAACUCAAUGAUGCCAAAACUUAAUAUUAAAUAUGAUUAAAUCAAUCAAUAUAAAGUUGCACUUUCUAUGAAUAAUAAAAUAAACUUCUCCAGAAAAUUUUCCAGGAAACCAUCUUAAUUACAAGUAACUAAAAUCAAUGGAUAAUUGUUGGACGAUUAUUAAUAGCAAAUAUAUAAAAUCUUUAACACAAAAGAAUAAAUUCAUUUUAUCUUUAAAAAUGAAAUGGAGUUGAAUAUUAAUAUAAUACCUUAUCAAAUUAGAAAAUAAAUUUACAGAGAAGACAAAAAUAUAUAUGAAGUUUAAUUAAUUGAAAAUUAAAUAGAAGAAGAAUAAAAUGAAUAAGAGUUUGUUGAAUAACAAGUAAAAAUUGAUUAGCAUUUCAAAUUUUCAUUUCUAAAUAGAAUCUAAUAAUUCAAUCUUAUGCAUAAUCAGAAUAUACCUUCUGCAUUGACCCGUUAAUACAAUAUUUACCUAAUUCUUAGAGAAUUAAUUUUAGAUGCUUUAGAUUAUAAUCACAUAAAAUCUAUCAAUAUAAUUCAAGAUUAAAUUAUAGAGCAUAAUUUGCCAUCAAAAGCAUACAAAAUUCAACACAAUUCAAAUGAAUCAGAAUUUACUGAAUAAAGCUCUGAAAAUAAGAUGAAGUAAAUAGAGAAAAAGGUCAAAGCUUUAGCAAGUAAAUUAAGAAAACAAAAAAAACAAGAUAGAUCUAAAACAUUAGAGCAUCUACAAUAUGUUACAACUGAACAAUUAAAAGAUUAUAGAGUUUAAAUGAUACCCCAUAAUUAAGGGUAUCAAGCGCAAAGGGCAAUAAAGGAUCAUUUAAAAGAGACUACAAAUAUUAACUUGUAAGCAGGAUCAAAAAUGGGUAAAGGUGGAAUAGAUAAAUUGCAAAAAGGUGAGUAUUUUUUGAAGUAAAAAGGUAAAUCUUAAGAAUUUCAUAUUUGUUGGUUAGAACAAAGAGGAUUUCAUUUGGUUUGGUAUCAUAUGAAAACUGAUAAAGUGGCAAGAGGUAUAGGUUAAUUAGAUGAUGUAUUAAUUAAGGAUGAAGGAUCAAUAUAUGUUGUUAAGUUGUUAGAUAGAUCAUUAACAAUAAAGUUAGAAAAACCUUAUGUAGGAUAAAUAUGGAGAAAAUCUAUUUCUAAUUAAAUAGCUUAUAAAAUGUAUUUAAAUAAUUUAUGGAUGAUUUGUAGAUUGUUUGACAAAUCUCCUUAAAUAAGUAUGAUGGAUUAUUUUUUUAAUGAAAAUCUUACAACAUUCAAUAUAUCUAAUAAUGCUUUACAAAUAGAAGGUAUUUCAAAUGCAUUGCCUUUAUGUUACAUAACUAAAUACACUUAGAUAAUAUUUGAUAGUCUGAUGAACCACAAGAUAUAUUAGUUGAAUUUAUCUAAUAGUCAAUUAGGUCCGAUUGCAACUAUACAAUUAAUAUAAUACUUUAAAAGAAACAAAAAUAGAUUAAAACUACUUGAUUUAAGUAAUUGUUAAUUGACAACUUUGGUUGUGAAAGAGUUUGGUAGCUUCUUGUUGAAUCAAAAUUCAUUUACACUAAAUCAUAUAUAUAUGAAUGAUAAUUAAGGAAUUGGAAAUGAGGGAAUAGAUAUAAUAGGAAAUGCGAUUUAAUAAAGAUAUUUACAAUUUUGGGAUAACAGUGCAAACAAUUUAGAAAGUCUAAGUCCAGGAUAUAGAAGACACUAAAUUUCAAAGAAGGCAGAUUCAAUGGAAUUAGAAUUGUUAACAUUAAUGAAUUUUAAAAAUGUAGGGGCAACUAAUUUUGAUGAUUUAUUUAAUGCAAUAGGUGUAAUGUUUAAGAAGGCAUUGGAAAUUCCAUCAUUAGAAAAUGAGUUAUUCAGUAAUAAAUAACAGACACUAUCAAGAAUCAUAAAAAAAUUAAAGAAUAAGACUGGUUAAUACAAUAGAUACAAUCUAUAGUUGUUGAAAGAUUUUUAUGAAAAUUAAAUGGAUCCUAUUAUAGAAAUAAUAAAGAUUCAAUUAGAUGUUUCUGAAAAUGCAAUUUAAAAUAUCGAAUAACUAGGGGAAUUGAUAAUUAAAUAUGAUUGUUUUAGGAGUAUUCAUUUGAGUAAUCUGGAAUUAGAUGAGUUAUUGUAAUUUACAGUUUGUUUAAAGGAUUCAAUAUCUUUAGAGUUGUUGGAUGUAAAUUGUAAUAAAAUUAGUGAUAUUCAAAUCAUUUUGGAUAGUUUGAAUAAGAAUACGAGUAUCAAGACUUUGAUAAUAUCAUAAUAAUAUAUAGAUUUGGAGAGUUAAUUUGAGAAUUUGGGAAUGAAUAAUCAAUAGUUUUUUAUAGCAGAUAUUCAAUUAUUAUGA